AUGACAGAUGCUUGGUUCGAAUAUGCCGUCUCGCCAGAUGGCGUCACAGAAGAUGGCUGUCGCCCUGCAGAAGCACAAGCACUGAAAGCGUACCUUCGCGAUGAAAUAACCAUAGAUAAAGCAACGGACCAGAUCACCCAGCCAACCGAAGAGUGUGACGAUCCCCGGAAGGACCUUCCGAAUCUAUGGGGCUUGCUCCAAGAUGCUCUCAUCGAACUUCCAGACACACAAGAGAAGAUCGUUGCACUUGUUCGUGCCAUAAGAAAGCGACCAGAUCGUGGCUCUGUAGAAAGCACAUCAACCAAGUUUUGGUUCAAUUUGCCAUCAUUUGCCAAUCAAUGGUACGACAGAAACUGGUGGUACUAUCAGAAUCGUUGGCGUGAUCACUCAUCCAAAUACCGAUCGCCAGUUAAGAUCUUGGAGAUAACAAACAUUGCACGUACAGAAGCGCUAGUAGCCGUCACCGAUAUCAAUAUACUAGGCGAGCAUCUCCGGUUCGAAGGCCACUCCCGAAUCUGCGAUGCCCUCGAGGAUGGCAAGGCUGUACUCGACGUUGAGAUACUUGCUGUACGUGAGUGGCUAGUACAUGAAGUGUCUACUCUGCUCGACAUGUGUCGGACACCACAAAAACAUUGUCUUCUGCGUUCGAAUCGGGGUUUCAAAGAGGAGAUUGAGAAGGGAGAGAUGUAUGUCUCAGCGAAACACCAGCGUGAUCUAUGGAAGGGAGAGGGUGGAACAAGCAUGGAGAGAUGGGCUUUCAUGACGGUCUUCUACGAUUAUAUUAUUUUCAGAAUCUGA